UCAGUCUAGCGUAAUCCAAUAGUUCUGGUAAUAAAAGACAGCACCUUUGGUUACAGUUGGGUUACAAAUAGGUGUUAGCUAUUUUGUUGAGUUUUUUUUUACGCUUCCCCCCCUGUAUCUGCUUCACUUGUAAUGAAUCACAACCCCCGGAAGUAGAGACCCCCUGCUAACCAGCCCUAACUAACCAUGUUAGCCUAGCAGGCUAACAGGAGUGUGAUUAGCAGGUUCCUCUGCUCUGGGACUACUAUCAUGGCUGUGCUGUGGGAGAAGUUGUGACAACAAUCAAAGCGAAGAUGAUGAACGACAUAAUAGAAGAACCCGAAAAGGACGCGCUCCUGGAGGCGCAGCAGGAACAGCUAGUUUUGUCGGGACCCAGUAACGGCACAAGACCUAAGAUUCCAGAUGGAGGCAUUCGGCCGGUGGAGAAGAGAGGACCUUACAUCAUGUCCAGAGCGCCGGCCAUCCACCUCAAACUACAGAAACAUAGAGAGAUGGUGAGGAAGGCGCUGAAGAGGAAAGCCCUCUCUGCAGGCCCAGCAGUGACCAAUCAGCCGAGGCAGGGAGGCAAGAGGACGGUGAAGUUCAACAAGGGCUACGCUGCUCUGAGCCAGAAUGCUGAGGAGAUGUUGGUAGCUCUGGACUCAGACAGCGAUGAAGAGAUCGACUUUGAGCACUAUUCCUCAGGAUACUCCUCCGCUGAGGUCCAUCCUGAUCUGAGCAAGCAGCUGCUGCAGGAUGGCUACCAUCUGGAUGAGAUUCCUGACGAUGAAGACCUGGACCUGAUUCCUCCCAAAGCCAUGGGCUCCUCUGUGUGCUGCUGCUUCCAGGGUCCAUCCUGCCCCAUGCAGUGACUCUAUGUGCAGCUCUGCAGGGACAACGCUCUUCUUUUCACUGCAGCAGAGCUGCUGCACGGCGCCUGAGGAGAUCCAGCUCUGAUGAGGAACUGCAAACACUGAGCGCUGACAUCGUUUAGCCUCACCGAGAAGGCAGAAGGACACAAGAGCAAGCCUUAUCCACUGUGACUCCAAAGCCUAACUAAUUGUAUUUAUUCAUCCUGUUUCUGCAGCUUUACACAAAAGCGUAACCACGACCCUCCUCUGGUUGAGUGAUGGAGUGUUUCAGCAUUAGUGAUAAGACCGUGUUGACUCAAGGAGGUGCUGGCGAGCUCAUUUCCUGCAGCCCUAUGAGCAUCUCAGACAGCCCAGACCGCUGCUGUCUGAGAUGUUUUAGCUCUUUGACGAGUCGCCACUGUCUGUUACCGUUGAAUGACGCAAUGGCAACUAACUGGAACACGUUAUUAUUGUUCAUUUUUAUUUUUUAGCGCUAUUGGAUUUUCUAUCUGGGGAAACAGAAACACUAACCAACAAAACGAGCCUCCUAGAAGAGAAGUGGAGCAUCCUAAGAGGUGCUCUCUCUCUGUUUGCCUGCUGUCGAAGGCUCAGAAUAUAUCUGCAUCUUUUCAUAGACUUCCACACCAGUUUAAAAUACAUUUAAGAGACGAUAAAAACAACAAUUUAAAUCUGUCUGGAUUCGCUUUGAGCAUUUGAUAAAACUACAUUAACAUGCCUCCACAUCAGAUUUAAUUUGCAUUAUUUAUUUAUCAUUAUAUUUAAUGUUUAUACUAAAAUCAGAGUUAUUUAGAGUUCAUUUAUAAUUUACAUUUUUCAUUUAUAUUCUUUUUGUGUUUUCUUUGGACAAAAGUUGAGACUUCUAACACUUUAGAAUGUAUCUGUUCAUUUUCAUUUUUAAACUUUAACAGUUUUUAUCAGAGAUGCACAGAUAUCAGCUGCAUCUGUUUGAAAAGUGCACGGCUGCUUCAAAGUCAGGAUAAAAAUCUUCCUGUUUACUGUUAAAGAAAUGCGCCCCCCCCCCAUACACUGUAUGGGUUUAAUGCUAGUCACCGAAUACUUUAUAUGGACCUACUGGGUUUUUAUCGGUUUAACCCCACGUCUUGCUCUGCAGCGUGUUUUGACAUUUAUUCAAUUUUGCACUUAACACCAAUUGCCAGUAGCAAGUACACCUGACUCACCUGUACUAUGCAACUAUGGGACAAUCUGCUCGUCGUACAAGGUUGUGUUAUUGAGUGCUGAUGCAAUAAAUAAAUGUCUUGUUUGUUUAA